AUGGACAAGCAUCAUCCUGAUUUGAUCAUGUGCAGGAAGCAGCCGGGCAUCGCCAUCGGGCGACUCUGCGAGAAAUGCGAUGGCAAAUGUGUGAUCUGCGGGGCGAGUGGGCAUAUCUUAUGCGUACUACUGCAAAGAGUGCACUCAACAGGAGAAAGACACUGUCGUCGUCCCCUUCAAGCACAGCUCCCAGUACAACAGAUAUUGCCCCGACACCGCCAUCGUCGUGUCCGCAUAGCUUGUGUACUCCGCCACGCACGCGUCGAACGCCGCCAGAUGGGCGUCCACCGCGCUCUGCAGCUCCACCUCGUCGGUCUUGUCCGCGUCGAUGCUCAACACCACGUUCUUCCUGCAGAUGAAGUUGAACUGCGACGCCUUGUUCUCGAACCCUGCAACUCGCAGAACGUCCCCCACUUUGUACCUGUACAACUCUGCAUCCACGAUCGCGAACAAAAAAAAUUAAGAUCGAGAACAGAGCAAGAAAUACUCAAUUCCAAGAAUUCUGAUUUCCUCAAAUUGGGAAUUUUUUAG